GUUACACCCCCCCGCGGACUUGGCUGUUCCUCUCCAGCCCGGAAGCAGUUGCCGCCGCCGUGACCCUUUACUUGCAUCGGCGUCUUGGAGGGGCCGCUGCCGCCAGUCAAAAUUCAAAUGUGAAUAAGGGAAAAGCCCUUGGCCAGGAGGAGGGGAGGGGGGGAAGAGGAUUAUUAUUAUAAUAAUAUAUUAAUCGGGGUAGCUGUUUACAGGGAGCGAGGAGCCGCUCGGGCACCGUGUGUAAGAUGUUCGCUAAGCGGAAAGCGGUGCUGCCCGCCCUCACCAUCACAACCACCGUGGGCGAGGGAGCGUCUCCCACCCGAGAGGACAACGCCGAAGCGAACCUAGAAGCCCUACAGAAGAAGUUGGAGGAGCUUGAGCUUGAUGAACAGCAGAAAAAGAGACUUGAAGCCUUCCUCACACAGAAGGCCAAAGUUGGUGAGCUGAAAGAUGACGACUUUGAUAAGAUAUGUGAACUGGGUGCUGGCAAUGGUGGUGUCGUCACCAAAGUACGUCACAAGCCAUCGGGGCUUAUUAUGGCAAGAAAGCUGAUUCACUUAGAAAUAAAGCCUGCUAUCCGCAAUCAAAUCAUCAGAGAACUCCAGGUGUUACACGAAUGUAACUCGCCAUAUAUUGUGGGCUUCUAUGGAGCAUUUUACAGUGAUGGGGAAAUCAGUAUAUGCAUGGAACACAUGGAUGGUGGCUCUCUAGACCAGGUGCUGAAGGAAGCCAAGAGAAUUCCAGAGGAAAUCCUGGGAAAAGUCAGUAUAGCGGUCCUAAGAGGUUUGGCAUAUUUGAGAGAGAAACAUCAAAUCAUGCACAGAGAUGUGAAACCAUCUAAUAUCUUGGUGAAUUCUCGUGGUGAGAUAAAGCUCUGUGAUUUUGGAGUAAGUGGCCAGCUGAUUGACUCAAUGGCAAACUCCUUUGUGGGAACUCGUUCUUACAUGUCUCCAGAGAGACUGCAAGGCACUCAUUACUCUGUGCAAUCUGACAUCUGGAGCAUGGGGCUUUCCUUGGUCGAGCUGGCAAUCGGCAGGUAUCCUAUUCCUCCCCCUGACGGAAGGGAGCUGGAGGCCAUCUUUCAGUGCCCAUUGAUGGAUGGAGCAGGAGGAGAAUCACACAGCACGUCGCCCAGGGCAAGAGCCCCAGGGCGCCCCAUCAGUGGACACGGGAUGGACAUUCGGCCAGCCAUGGCUAUUUUUGAACUUCUGGAUUACAUUGUUAAUGAGCCUCCUCCUAAACUCCCCAUUGGUGUAUUUACACAGGACUUUCAAGAGUUCGUAAAUAAAUGCUUAUUCAAAAACCCAGCUGACCGAGCAGACUUGAAACUACUUAUGAGCCACACAUUCAUUAAGCGGUCUGAAGUAGAGGAGGUGGAUUUCGCAGGCUGGUUGUGUAAAAUUAUGGGGCUGAACCAGCCCAGCACUCCAACACGCACCGCUGUGUGAGGAAUGACCAAUACCCCUCUUUCUCCACUGCACCUCCCCCGCACAGUUCCCGUCCUGCUCUGCUGAUGUCUGUCAAACACUGCUGUCGUGACUGUGGCAUCAAUCAGGACUCUCCCUGCAUUCAGAAACUAAGUGAGGAGUUUUACAUCUAGGCAGCAUUGGCAGUUUAAAAAAAAACUUUGUCUUUCUUUAGCUGGUGAAUUUGUGAUUUGAGCUGAUCAGUUUCCUCCUUUUUAGUAUCAACACCGAUAAUAUGGUGAUUUACAUUUGACAGUAACUUGCUGGAUGCCUGUCAUUCAAGACACAAUUUUUCUUCUGCAAGUGAGUUCUGCUAGUUGUCAAAGUAUAGUGUUUAAUGUCACAGUCCUAUGUCAUAUCUCCUGUUACUGACAGAUGUUUCACAGGACGGAGGCAGAAAAUUUGCUUUCCUGUUUAAAUAUCAAUAUUUGGUGUGAUUUUUGUUUUUUGGUUUAAUGUGCUUACCAGAAUAUUGCCAUAUGAUGUCGUUAUUUUCUUAAAGGGAUGCAAAUUGAAGUAGAACAUCCAUAAUGGCUAGGUUGCCAUUUUAGGUAAACCCUGUGUAAGCCAGAUUUAUUCCACUGUUCUCACAAUCAACGCCCCUCAGAUACUGGAUUAAUUAAAAUUUAAAACUGAAGGGUAUCUUAAAUUAGUUGGCGUUUUCAAUUGUGCUUGUUGGUUCCCCUAUUGGUGCAAUACUUGGUGUAGCAUUCAGCUGGUGAUCAAGCAGGCGAGUAAUUUAAUUCCCUGUUGUAUAUUUUUCUUCACAUCCCUUCCAAAGACACAGUUGAGAGUAGCUGUGGUAAUGGAUCCUUAACUAUGCUUUUUUUAAAUGACCUGCAGACCUGUUGAUGGAGCAAAUUUUUCAAAUGCAUGAUUGACCAUAGGUGGAUAUCUUGUUCAGUAAAAAUAUGCAUGCUAACUUUGUAGCUGAUGUUAUUUUAACUGUGCUUUUUACAUGUUUAAUAAGGAUUCCUUGUGGUUUGAGCCAAAUGGAGUCAUUGUGAUGUUUCUGGAAGAGUUUAAGGUAUUUAACUGCUUAGGUAGGUGGCAGUUCACCAGAAUGACUAUUCACCAUAUAUUUGUAAUGUUUUGAGACCUCAUUUAAACACCUUGCCAAAAUGCAACAUUGACUGAUGAUCCGCUAUGGGAAUUCAUUCUUCCUUAAAAUUUGCUGUAUUGCAGACACCUGGAGAUUUAUAUGUGCUUACCAAUAGGAGAUAGUGAGUAGAAGUACCAUUUCUGGAGAUUACAGUAGUAUGGGUAGGAAUGCCGAUCCUUGGGAUUGUAGGUGUGUAAGUUGGUAAUGGGAUUCAGGACAUGAGUAUCAGUCCCUUUUCUGUCACUGUUUUAUUUUAGAAAUGGACAUCAAAAAGACUUCCAUUUAUUCUGUAAUAACUUGGAAGUGUUGGGGUCAACCUGCAUAUUUCAUUGUUGCAAUGUUCAACGUUUUUACAUUUGAAAGAUACCAGUAAUACUGCAAAAAGUUAAAAUUAAUUUUAAAUGGUUGACUAAUUCAGUUCCUAGUGACGGUUCUGAGGUGGCUGAGAGAUGUUACACUGAAUUUAGAAUCAAAGUUGUGGUCAUUUUCAACAGAAAAGACUCACCAAUGUACACAUGGUGUUUGAGUAGACAGUGCAAACCCUUUCAAAGCACUUAUGUCAAAGAGCUGUGGUAGAUUUAAUAGUUCUAAAAUGGUGAGAUUGGUUGAAAAAUCUUUCAAAAUAUUUUAAAUUGUGGGAAUACAGUCAUUGCUGUUUGAUACUGUCCUCGAUCUUUAAACGGGCACUUCAUUCUCCUGACCAUGUAUCCACAUUGAAGUUUGACAACUUGUGCGGCAAUUGAGCUUAAAAAAAAAUCAGCUAAAGGAAGGCACUGUUUUCUUUUUUUCAAUCCAACCUCUCUCGAGUUGUAAAUUGUAAUGCCUUCUUAGUUCUGGACAAAAACAAAAAAAAGAGGGUUUUACCAAUGUUUCUGUUCUUAGUCUACUCUUUAGUUCACUUUUUAAAAUGCUUUUAUUUUGCUGCUUCACUGCUAGACAUGGUUUGUAACUGGGGAAGAGCUUGUUUCCGAAGAAUAGGGAUUUGAUCUUUGCAAGCACUGGCUUUCCAAAUAUUCUGUUACCAUUGCGGGUAAAAUGUGUACAACAUACUGUGACGUUCCCCUUAUCUUGCAGCAUUUAUUUCAGUCCUUGACAGAGUAACCUGUCUGCUAGUUAUCAGGCUUACUAGGGUAAAUCUUUUUUAUGGUUUUAUGUACUGUAUUCAUCUGAAAUUUCCUGAAUGACACAAAAUCUAGUCUGUUUGUGAAGCAUGUUUUCACAGAAUUUAGUGCUGCUUAGAGUUGUGCACUUGUGGUGCCCAGUUUGGUUCAAGGAUAUUCUUGACGAUCACUGUAGACCCAGUGGUUUGUUAACUAAUAGUUAUUUUUGUGGAUAGAGUGUUAUCAGCCACAUAGUAACUAAGUCUCCCAUUUCAACCACUAAGCACUCCAAGGGGCCAGUUAAUCAAUUAUCACCAUUUACAGGAAGAAAAGUCAACUAGUAAACCAUAUUCAAGAAUUGUAUAGAUUGAGAAUUUUGAACAAUGGAAAUGAUGUUAUGAUUCCCAAACCCAUUUGUUUUGUGGGUCACUAUGGCUAAGGAAGUACACCUUCCACUCGAAAUGAUGCACACCUAGACUCUUUAAAGUGGUUCCACCAGAAGAGUAGAAUGCAGCUGAUUCAGAAUCAUGAAAAGUAAUGUUAAGCUUGGGCUGAAUGGAGUCAUUUGUGAAGCAAAAAAUGCUAAGUUCUCACAAUCUGUUUUUACGCACUUCAAAGAAGAACUAUUCAUGUGAUUACUUGUGUAGCUUCAGAGGUUAUUUCAUUACUGGCUCACUUAACCAUUUUGUGACUGAACUAUACAGCAGCCAAGUGCUUUUGAGGCAAACUGCACCCUAAAUGUACUUCUCGGGAAUAUGAAUCCGUUUAAAGUGCCUGGGGGAAAAUAAUAAACUUAAUUUAAGAAAUACAAGUUUAAUCUACUGAGGCGUCGAAGGUAAAAGAAACGCACUGUGAUUAGAAUAAUGGAGUUGAGUUUUGUGCUGGGAUCUCAGUUGUUUGUGUUGUGCUCCUGUAUAGUUGUCUAUGGAUUGUACAUGCCUAUGCCUUUAAAUAAAUAAAAUACGUAUAAGCUGUUACUGUUAAGGCACUGGUGCAUAUUGGUGUAUGUCACUAUAUCAGGUUUAUAAUGUUGUGUCCGAUGCACUUGUUCCCUUUUGUGAAGCCUGUGGGCAUCUUGUGCUACUGGUUGUGGUUAGCUCUUUAAAGCAUCACUUUGUAAUGUGUAAAAUAGAUUUGGCUUAUUACAAAAAAAAAUCACCAGUAGCACGAGUAUUAUACUGAUUGUUUUUAAGCUUUUUUUUUCUUAAGAUUUUGCAAAGCAAAUGAUGUGGACUGAAUGUAUAAUUUAAUCACCUGUUGCAAAAAGUUAUUAAAACUGAAGUGACAAUU